AUGACCGAAGAAUACACUAUCCCAAAAAUCCAAAAAGCCGUGGUGGUUGUCACCAAAGGUGAAAGCCCAAUUGUCAAGAUAGACACCAAGUACCCAGUUCCUGAAUGUGGCGAGGAUGAGAUGCUAGUCCGUUUGACCUCCUCGGGGGUUUGUCACUCUGACUUAUCUCUCUUGCAGGCUCACUGGGAUAUUGGUAUGCAGGUACAGGUGGCUGGCCACGAAGGUUCUGGCUAUAUUGUUAAGCACGGUUCGAAAGUGACGGGUACCGAACAGUAUCCAUUAGGCACCAAGGUGGGGGUUCCGCUUGUUUCUAACCCAUGUCGCACCUGCCACGCCUGUGGGUUACCAGAUGGUGAGGUUUAUUGUCCAAAGUCGCCGUUUUACGGCUCCUUUGUCGACGGUACUUGGCAACAGUACAUUACCAUCAAGGAAAAAUACAUCAUUCCAAUCCCGGAAGUGAAGGACACUACCUUGGUCGGGCCGAUUUUGUGCGGUGGUGUGACAGCGUAUAAAGCGUUAAUGACGUCGGGGAAGAAAGCUGGUCAAUGGGUGGUUAUUACCGGUGCUGGCGGCGGGUUGGGGUCAAUGUGUAUCCAAUACGCUACGUCAUUGGGUUUGAGAGUUAUCGGCAUUGAUGCCGGCUCGGAUAAGGAGGACUUGGUAGUCAACAAGUUGGGUGCCGAUGCCUUUAUCGACUUCUUGAAAACCAAGGAUGUGGUGGCUAAGGUUAAGGAAAUCACCGGUGGCCGCGGUGCUGAUGCGGCAAUUAUGUUUGCCCCGGUGGAGUCCUCGUACAACCAGGCCAUUGACUAUUUGGGCUUACAAGGUGUGAUUGUCUGCGUUGGCUUGCCAAAGGCCGGGGCUGAGCUAAAAUUCCCCCCUUCCAAGCUUAUUCUUACUGGUAUCCAGGUGAGAGGUUCGUUUGUGGGUACCCGUCAGGAUAUUAUCCAGGCAUUGGAAUUUGUGGCUCGGGGUAAGGUUGUUCCGCCGGUCCAAGUGAAGCCCAUGGAGGACAUCCAAUCGAUUCUUGACGAUAUGAUCAACGGUAGGGUUUCCGGGAGAAUGGUUAUUGACUUGACCUAA